CUCGCGCGGCAGGAGACCCACAGCCGAUCCGGCGGCCACGCAGCUUGCCGAGGAGGCCGUGCGGAGCGGCAGCCGCGGCCCCGCAGGUAACGUCGCUCGCCCCGCGCUGCCGGCCUGCGGCCCGGGCGCCCGCCGUGCUUCGGGGGACGCGGUAGGAGCAGCCAGGGAAAGCCCGUCAGAGCCGUGUGCCACCCCGGCGGACCUGCGCUGCCGCACCUGACGGGACACGCUGUGGGAAACGCUCCGAGGGAGUGUUCUGAAUGCCUUUAUUUCCAUCGCUGGGUUCUGUGGUAACAGCCACUAGGUUUGUUCCCAGUUCCUGUCUGGGACACCAGAAGCAGAACUUUCAGUAUGAACUCAUACCUGCCAAAGAGGAAAGUUUAAAGGAUCUCUGUGCCCAAGAGAGACAAAGAUAUUUGUGUUCUCCUACUGCAAAAAGCAGUCAGCAUAGCUCCAGGCAGAGAGCUGGACUGCGGAGCAAGUAUCUCACCAGCCAGACCAAGACUCUGCCACCUAUAUCAGUAGCAAAGCAGAAAGGAGUGGACCGUGCCCAUCCCCUGGAACCAAUUUUUCACCACAAGGUUGUAAAUGUUCCAGUGGUCAAUGCGGCACAGCUUGGAAGUUGCCCAGACAUGGAGGAAGCACCAAACCAUAGGUCUAGCUCAAAGAGCAAAGGCAAGCCUCCAGCAGGGAGGUCUCAGCUAGCUGCAGUGCUUUAUCCUUGGUCAGCAGAGCCUAAACAGUCAGCUUUCCAUCUACACAGGAGAGAGCAGGACUAUAUCCUAAAGUUGGAGGCAGAAGGACUGAGCCUGAAAGAGGAAAUUAGAAAGAAAGAGGCACUCCUUAUUGAGAACCUGAUGAGAACAAACGAGGUGCUUAGUAGGAUUCAAAGAGAAAAGGAGCUUGGCAAAGAGAAGAAUAGAAACAGAGAAGCAGAGAGGACCCAUGAGCAAAAGGCUGCAAAGCACCCUGAAAAGGAAACUCCCAGAGUUGCAGUUGGGCCAGGUGAGGAGGCUUUUGGUGCGCCACAGUCUGCUGAGGCCACUGUCCCUAAGCCUGGCACCACCCUCCACCCUCAAGAGCUGUCUAUGGAGAAACUCAAGGAGCGUUUAGUGGCCAGCAACAGCAAGAUGAGAGAACAGAUGCCUGUGGAGAGUUCAGCUUCUUGUUCCAAGCUGACCCCAAAACGUAGCCCUCCUCCCUCUGCCCUCUCAGAUCGAGAGUCUAGUGACCUCCCAUCCACAGAGGUGCUGUAUGUGCAGGCUGACAGUGCUGUGGAGCAGGAGGAGAUCGGACAGUGCAGUUUCUGUGGACGUAAGUUUCUCCUCAUGAGGCUUGAGAAGCAUUUGAGUAUCUGUGGCAAGAGCCAAGGCUCCAAGAGGAAAGUAUUUGACUCCAGCAAAGCCAGAGCAAGGGGCACAGACCUGGAACAGUAUCAGCAGUGGAAGAGGCCAGAGAACCCUCAGAAUAAAACACCUAUGAAGAACAACUGGAAAGAGAAGCACAAGCUUUUAAUCCAGAACCUGUGUCAGGCCCGCCAGGUGCAGCAGUUGGUCUCCAAGGGAGCAAAGGCCUCUGACUUGCCCCCAUUGCCUCCUGUUGAAAACCCAGACUAUGUUCCCUGCCCCUACUGCAGACGCCAAUUUGCUCCUCAAGUAGCUGAGAGACAUAUUCCCAAAUGCAAAACCAUCAGGAGCAGGCCCUCACCUCCACCACAGAGGCGGCUCUGCUGAGGCGGUCUCCAGCCCUUCCUGCUGCUAGGAUCCCCUGCCUGUUUUCUGCCAGCUUUCCAGCCACAGACACUUGUGCUUUCCCUGGUCUCCACACUGGUUGUGAGCAUUCAGCUUGUAUGCACAGCAAGUGGGUAGCUUAGGAUGUAUAAA